AUGGGUCCCGUAAAAAGAAAACUGGCAGCCGAAGAUUCGGCUAUGACGAAGCCACCGAAUAAACGACCCAAAUCCGAUGUCAAACCGAAGACAGAGAGAUCACAUCCCGAGCAAGACAAGAGCCAGAAGCCCAAGAUCGUAUCCGUUUUCGCGAAAGAGCAACCUGCAUUCCCUCGAGGGGGUGCGAGUCUGCUGACUCCAUUAGAGCGAAAGCAGAUUCAAGCCAAAGCAUCUCGUGAUGCAGUAAGAGAGCAGAGAAGACAGACCCCAGAUUUCUUUGGAGGAGGAGGCACCAAAGAGGAUGAUACGGGCGAUGAGGAUAGCAAUUCCGCAUCAGAACCAGAAGUGAAGAAACCGGCCAAACGGCCACGAAAAGAAAAAGUCCGUUCCAAAAGCUCUGAAGGUCAGAGCUCGGAGGCUCGAAUUGGAGGCCUCAGCUACAAGCGAAUAACAACGGGCUCUCUUAUACUAGGCCAGAUCACGUCAGCAGGUGCGAGGUCUCUGACAGUCGCACUACCAAACAAUCUCGUAGGCUAUGUGCCAUUGACCUCGAUUUCUGCUCAAUUAACUGGGAAGAUACAAGACUUGCUCGAGGGGAACGACGAAGAAAAUUCCAGUGACAGCGAGCAAGAGGACGAGCAAGAUAUUGUCCUGACCAACUAUUUUCGAGUGGGACAGUACCUUCGGGUUGCCGUGACGUCUACUGAGCAAGAUGGACGUGGGAACAAAUCAAGCGCACGAAAACGAAUCGAAUUAUCUGUUGAGCCCUCCUUGACCAACAUCGGGAUCCGUCGAGAAAAUCUCGCCAUUGGUGCCACUGUCCAAGUAUCAGUAAGCAGCGUUGAAGACCACGGAUUAGUGGUAGAUCUGGCGCUAGAAGAACAAGACGUCCGCGGGUUCAUUCCUCAGAAGCACCUGCCAAACGAUCUUCCUCUGCCUGAUAUCAAGACUGGUGCCGUUUUCUUGUGCUCUGUGCUGGAAAUCCGCUCCAACAACAAAGUCGUGAAGCUGUCCGCCGAUCCCGCAAUAGCUGCUCCGUUGAAAGCUGCGCCCUCGGUUGAUAUUUUUCUCCCUGGCACCAAUGCCGAAAUACUGGUCAACCACCUCACCGAUGCCGGGCUUUCCGGAAAGAUUAUGGGCUUACUUGAUGUGACCGCCGACGUGGUGCACUCGGGCUCCUUCAAAGACCGAGAAUCAUUCCUCGCCAAGUUUGACGUUGGCGACAAGAUUGUAGGGCGUCUAAUUUGCACCUAUCCUCUCUCAGAAACGAAGAGAUUGGGCUUCUCAGUUUUGGACAACGUGCUCAAUCUGGAGCGCACUCGAGAGUCAGACUCAGAGGGGGGCCAGGCAUUGACUUUGUCUUCCAUUGUCGAAUCUGCGCGGGUGAUUCGCGUUGAGCCCGGUCUAGGAAUCUAUCUACAGUUAGGUCCGGACACAAUCGGCUUCGCACAUAUAUCUCGUCUCUCCGAGAAGAAGAUAGAGAUUCUCUCUGAAGUGAGCGGUGCGUUCAAGCUGGGAACCGAACACAAGGCCCGUGUGAUUGAUUUCAAUCCCGUUGACCGCCUCUACCUUGUCUCUCUCCAACAGAAAGUCCUUGAGCAGCCUUUCCUCAGAUUCGAUGAUGUGCCCCUUGGUGCAGUCGUCAAGGGGACAAUUGAGAGAUUACUUAUCAAAGAAACAGGUGUUCAGGGUCUGAUAGUCGCUCUUGCGGACGGCCUAAGCGGUCUUGUGCCUAGGAUCCAUAUGUCAGAUGUUGAUCUCAAGCACCCCGAGAGAAAAUUCAGAGAGGGACAGACCGUGACAGCCAGGGUUUUGUCCAAGGACCCAAAUAAACGUCGUCUAAAACUGACCUUGAAGAAAGCACUCGUCAAUAAUGAUCAGAAAGCGUGGUUGCGAUUUGAGGACAUCGAGUCGGGUGAUUCCACGGCGGGUACAUUAACCAAAGUGGACCGGCUUGGAGCCGUCGUCCGAUUUUAUGGGCCCGUCCGGGGAUUUCUUCCAGUAUCUGAAAUGAGCGAGGCGUACAUCAAGGAUGCCACGGAACAUUUUCGUGUGGGUCAAGUUGUGUCGGUCAACGCCAUCAGCAUUAACGCAGCAGAAAAUCGCUUAACUGUUUCCUGCAGAGAUGUCAAUGCAGCUACUCCAUCGAUUGAGAGCUCUCUGGCAGCGUUACAACCUGGUACCAUUGUUAAAGGCACGGUCUUUGAAAAGUCACAAAAUGAUAUCUUGCUACGGUUAGAUGACUCGGCUGCUAUUGCACGAUUAACCCUGGACCACAUUUCCGACGGUUCGGUGAAGAAACGAGAAUCUGCUUUUCACAAGAUACGAGUUGGGCAAAAGAUCGACAACGUUCUCAUUCUACAGGUUCAGGCAAAGAGAAGACUGGUGUUGGUAUCAAACAAACAAAGCCUGGUUCACGCUGCUCAAGAGGGCUCUUUUCUCAAGAGCUAUGAACAACUUCAACGAGGGGCCAUUGUGACAGGCUAUGUUUCGAGCAUUACCGACGAUGGCGUGUUCGUUAACUUUGCGGGCGGGAUCAGUGGCCUAAUCACAAAAUCCCAGCUCUCGGUUGAGAAAGAAAACGAAACAGACUUCGGAAUGACCAAAUUACAACCUGUCUCGGCCAAAGUCUUGUCCAUUGACUACAAGGGUGCCACCCCAAGAUUUUGGUUAACCAUGAGAGAGACCUCUCAGAAUGGCGAUUCGAAGGGACCGACAACUGAGUCUGCAGGCGACUUGCCCAAACUUUUGGACCCCGUGGAUACAAGCCUCGCAAGUGUCAGUGACCUAGUAAUAGGCAGAAUCACUAAAGCACGGGUGGUAUCGGUCAAGGACACACAGGUCAACGUGGAGCUAGCGAAGAACAUACAGGGGCGCAUCGAUGCUUCCGAAGUUUUUGACGAAUGGAAAGAUAUUGAAGAUCGCAAGAAGCCAUUGAAGCGAUUUAAUCCGAAACAAGAACUCGUGGUCCAAAUACUUGGAGCACACGACACUAGAAACCAUAAAUUCCUACCGCUUACACAUAGGAAGGGGAAGAAUACGGUGCUCGAGCUCUCGUGCAAGCCGAGUUCCAUUUCAGCUCCAGGAAAGACCAGUCUUACCCUGGCAGAUAUGUCAGUGGGGUCCAAGUGGCUGGCCUUCGUCAAUAACAUCUCCGAGGAAUGUCUUUGGGUGAAUAUAUCACCUUCCGUCCGUGGAAGAAUUCGGGCCACGGACGUCUCAGAUGAUCUAUCCCUCGCGGCCAAUCUGCCGAAAAACUUCCCCAUCGGAUCUGCUUUGCAGGCUCAUGUCCUCGCCGUCGACCUUGAAAAGGCUCAUUUGGAUCUAUCCGCCAGGUCGGAUGGGACUGCGAGUUCUCUGACCCUCGAGGAUAUCUCGAAAGGUCUAAUACUUCCAGGCCGAGUCACCAAAAUCACCGAUCAUGGGAUCCUGGUCCAAAUAGGCGAUCAAGUUGUUGGAGCCGUUGAUUUGAUUGAUAUGGCCGACGAUUAUAACGAUGCGAACCCCGCUAAAUACCGGAAGAACGAGGUCUGUCGGGUCUGUGUGCUCGGCGUGGACGUCGCAAACAAAAAGGUCAAUUUAUCAACGCGUCCUUCCAAAGUAUUGAGCUCUUCGAUGGAAGUAACUGAUCGAGAAAUCACGUCCCUCAGCCAACUUGCAGUCAAUGACGUGGUCCGAGGCUUCAUCAGCAAUGUAGCAGAUACAGGUGUCUUCGUGAUACUGGGACAUGGUGUCACGGCUUUUGUCAGAGUAACUCAUCUGUCAGACAGCUACCUGAAAGAGUGGAAAGAUCACUUUCAGCGCGAUCAGCUGGUCAAAGGAAAGAUCAUCAUGGUCGAUGAGGCAUCUGGGCACGUCCAGAUGAGCUUAAAGGAAUCGGCCUUGAAGCCCGACUACAAAGUCCCGCUUACCUUCAAUGACUUGCAUGUUGGAGACAUUGUGACUGCCAAAGUGGUUAAAGUCGAGUCUUUUGGGGUCUUUAUUCUGAUCGACAACUCUGAAAAUGUACGCGGGCUCUGUCAUCGCAGUGAGAUUGCAGAAAAACGAAUCGAAGAUGCCAGCAAGCUAUUCACCGAGGGAGAUGCGGUCAAGGCCAAAGUACUGAAACUGGAUCCAGCCAACCGAAGAGUCAAUUUUGGGAUGAAAGCUUCUUACUUUUCUGACGCUGUCGGAGACGACGAGGCAGAGAGCGAGGCAGAAUCAGUAAAGGAAAGUUUCGAAGAUGGUGGCGCUGAAGUUGAUCAAGAAGCGAAAGACGCAGGCGAUGACAAAGCUGAAGAGGCUGAUGAUACUGACGAGGACGAAUACGAUGUAGACGACCUCGAUGACGACGGUGCACAUGUAAAAGAAGCCACCUCGAGUCUCGACAAAGGGCCGCAAAACAAUGGCCUCAGCGUCGGGGGUUUCGACUGGUAUGGGAUUGCUAAAUCUCCCAGCACAAAGUCGAACAGGAGAGCGGCCGAGUCGGACUCGGAAGAUGGAAAAUCAACAACAUCGCCGAAGAAAAAGAAGAAACGCGCCGAAAUUCAAGUUGAUCGUACGGGAGAUCUAGACGUUGGCGGACCUCAAUCGGUGGAUGACUUUGAGCGGUUACUCAUCAGCGAGCCCGAUUCAUCACUUCUCUGGCUCCAAUAUAUGGCAUUCCAUCUCGAAUUAGGUGAUGCGGAUCAAGCGCGACAGAUUGGAGAGCGAGCAUUGAAGUCGAUCGGACUCGGACAAGAACAAGAAAAGAUGAAUGUGUGGGUGGCACUAUUGAAUUUGGAAAAUGCUUAUGGGAACGAAGAGACGGUUGAGGCGACGUUCAAGCGGGCGUGCGAAUACAACGAUCCCCAAGAGAUUUAUUCCCGAUUAACCAGCAUCUACAUUCAAUCGGGCAAACACGACAAGGCGGACGAGUUGUUUCAACAAAUGCUAAAGAAAUUCGCGCAAGCUCCCAAAGUGUGGAUUAAUUAUGCGACUUUCUUUUUCGACACCGCGGCGGACGCCGACAAAGGACGAGCUUUGCUACCUCGUGCCCUUCAGGUUUUGCCAAAAUUCACACAUUUGGAUGUGACAGUGAAAUUUGCGCAACUCGAAUUCAAGUCCCCGAAUGGAUUGGCCGAACGAGGGCGAACCGUCUUCGAAGGAUUAAUCAGUUCAUUCCCCAGACGAGUGGACUUGUUUAAUGUUCUUCUUGAUCUGGAGCUCAAAUUGGGCGACAAAGAGCAGGCCCGGGGGUUGUUCGAGCGGAUCUUCAGCCACAGACUCAAACCCAAGCAGGCCAAAUAUUUCUUCAAACGAUGGCUGGCUUUUGAAGAGAGAGAAGGGGAUGAGCGACGCAUCGAAGAAGUCAAGGCCCGGGCAGCGGAAUGGGUGCGAACAAGCAGAGAAACAAGAUAA